UAUUCAAAAUUAGGACCCCGGAUCGCCUUUUCGCCCCCAAAGACCGCCUUUCCGGGUAGCGCGUACCGCCAUCUAGCGGCCAGAGAGUCGGGAAACACUGCGGCAUCCAACAGCCCGGGCUCUUGUCUGGCCCAGCAGCCCAGCCCCAGCCCAGGCCAGGCAGGCUGAGCGCCGUCAUUGCCUGCCACGCCACCGCCACGAGCAGAGCAAGUCAGUGUGCCUCCGGUUCUGGGUUUUGGUCACACUCAGGCCAAGCUCGAGUCAGCUCCUCAACCUCAACCCGUCUCACGUUCACCGCUAAGAAAGCCGAGUUUCCUUCUGUCCUGGACCGUGUGGAACCAUGAACAUGGAGCAGCUGCCGGACGACGUGCUGGUAAUGGUGAUGGAGUACGUGUCCGUGGGGGACGUCUUCGCCUGCCGCCUCGUGUGCAAGAGGUUCUGCGGCCUGGCCCUGCACCCAGACGUCUGGCGCCACCGAUCGCUCCGGGACAACGACCCCCGCGCGGGCGCGGUGCUGCGCCUGGCCCCAUGCCUCGACACGCUCACCGUCACGGGCCGAGUCAGGGCUGCCAGGUCCGGAGUGAGUCAAGUCGCCAGAAGAGGGCGCUCGAGUCGCCAAUCGUCGCCAGCCGCCCAAGUCGCCAAAAAUCGCCCGCCACAGAUUCAAAUCGCCAAAAAUCGCCAACCUUUUAGUGGGAUAGCCAAAAAAGAGGCAAGGUAAAAUUGAACUCGGGUAGCACCCAAGAGUCAGCAAAUGUGACAAUGUAGCGAGCUGCUAGGCCCAUUUCUUAGAAAUCUAUCUCCCCCGGGCUGGGAAAGUACUCAAUCCCUUCGUAAUCCUCGCUUUCGUGGGGUCAGGUAGCCCGAGUCGCCCAGGAUCGCCAAACUUGGAGCUCAGUCGCCAAAAAUCGCCAGGCCAAAACACGAAUCGCCAAAAAAAUCGCCUGGCGCCAGUCUGUCUUUUCAAGUCGCCAAACCCGACCUAAAAUCGCCAAUUUGGCGACAAAUCGCCAAACCUGGCAGCUCUGGGCCGAGUCCCGACCCUGGCGGCGACAACGACCAGGUGCGCCGUAGCAUGUUUGAUUCUGCGGGCCCACUGUAAGGAGGCUUUCAACGCCGCGGAGUACGCCUUGGCCGUGCGCAACCAGGAACUCCUCGGGCGCCUCAGGAGGCUGGUGAUGGACCUCGGGAGAGUUGUGAACGCGCUUAUGAAGGUGUCGAAAGCCAACGUGCUGUACAGGACGGUUGCGUCGUGUUCCGGCCUCGAGUCGCUCAAAUCCUUUGAAGAGCCAGACGACAUCCUGGUGUUACAUGGACCGCCCAGGUCGUCGCUCACGAACUUCUCGUACAGAGGCGGCGCAGAUUCGGCCUGCUUCGUGAACUGCAUACUGGCUGGACACGCGGAUACCCUAGAGGAUAUAAUUAUGUCCACUGGUUCCGGCUCCACGGAUACGACGACGGCAGACCUGAUGGCCGCCCUGCCGAGACUCCGAAGUCUGCAAUGCGACAAUAUGUUUCUCGGGUUAGAGGCCGUGGCGAAGUGCAAGACCCUUAGAGACGUGAGUAUUGCUCUGUACAAGAACUUGGGUGAAAUCGAGAUGGUUGAAGACUUCCUUAGGGAAGCCAACCAACUACAACGUGUCCACCUGGUCUACUGUUCAGAAGACUACACCGUGGAGUACCUUGAGGCGCUGGUCGAGGCCAUGGGGUCGUCCAGGCGGUCACGCGUCGAGCGGCUGUGCCUGGAGGACUUCGAGGACGUGCGGCCGCUGGUCCGCGCGCUGCCCUCGUUACCCGCACUGCGCCACCUGGACGUGACCAGUGCCCCGCUUGACGACGAGCUGCUCCUGAGCAUCACCCCCGCCACGGCCCCGGCCCUGAGGAGGCUGGAGCUGGUGGUCGAGAGGGACACGUGCCCGCACGCCUGGAUACACAGGGGCGCGGUCAGAGCGACACUCAUCGCGAACACCUCGCUGCACAUCCAGCUGUGCUGCCGCGUUGGAGACGAGUGCGACUGCGAGACAUGCAGCGAGGGCUGCCAUCGAGAGGUGAAGUGGGAGGAGGAGAACAAGAUAGGCCUCUUCUCGCACGACCCUGACAAGUGCCCCUCUCCAGAGGACCACGCUGAUGACAUCGACUGGCAAAGGGACUACGCCUACGGCCACCCUGCCGGUGGCUCGUGUACAUGGAUGCAUACGUGAUGCAUUUCUACAGCUGAAUUGUAAUGUUCCCUACCUUAUGUUUGUUCUGUAAGCAAUUAUGAUUACAUGGAAAAUACAUUUUUAU